UCUAAGGUAAGCCAUUCUUAAGGAAGACCUCUUGCAGUAUGGAAGCUGCUAAGUGGAAAAAGUAAAUAGGUGAAAUGAAGAAUCAGGCUUUUCUGGUCGAAUAAGAUAAGAGAGACUUUUGGGCCAAGAGUGCCCCCAGUGAGUUGAGUGGUCAAGAGCGCGGAUGUACAAUAGAAAUGGUCGUCCUGGUACAGGGGCCGCUAAUACCGGCAACUUAGUCAGGUAUUCUUUUAUGCUUUCGAAUGCAUCUUGGCAUGCUUGGUCCCAGACAAACUCCAUUCCUUUUUUCAUUAGACGAGAAAAGGGUAGGCACUUGCCUGAUAUAUUGGCGAUAAACUAUAUAGGCCAGCCAUCCUUGGUCUCAAUUCCUUGAUAUUAGUAGGAAUCAAAACCAGUAUGAGUAUGGCUUUGAUUUUGUUUUGGAAUAAAAACCUCAAUCCAAUUCUUUCGUACUAUGAAUCCGAGGAAUUUCCCUGACGAUACUCCGAAGAAGCACUUUAGAGGGUUCAUCUUCAGGUUGUGUUGCCUAAGCCUAAGGAAGACUUGUCGUAAAUCUGCUAAGUGGUCGACGAUCCAUGGAACUCGGCAGAGUGUUCCCUAUACCCGGGUAGUUAGAGCUGUUCAAAGGGCUGACCUAUUGCUGUAAUUUUGAAAUCUUCUCUCUUUUUCAUUUUUUUGUCUCUGGAUUUUCUUCUUUCUUUUUUUUCCGGUAUGCCGCUCCGCGAGCAAGGAGCGAGAGAACCAAGUGGGCUGUGGUGAUGUCAGAAUUUGCACCUAUUUGUAUCUAUUUAGUGAUCAGUCCGCUAGUUUCUUUGAUCCCACUCGGUCUUCCUUUUCCAUUUGCUUCUAAUAGUUCGACCUAUCCAGAAAAAUUGUCGGCCUACGAAUGUGGUUUCGAUCCUUCCGGUGAUGCCAGAAGUCGUUUCGAUAUACGAUUUUAUCUUGUUUCAAUUUUAUUUAUUAUCCCUGAUCCGGAAGUCACCUUUUUCUUUCCUUGGGCAGUACCUCCCAACAAGAUUGAUCCGUUUGGAUUUUGGUCCAUGAUGGCCUUUUUAUUGAUUUUGACGAUUGGGUCUCUCUAUGAAUGGAAAAGGGGUGCUUCGGAUCGGGAGUAAUCACUAGUGAUAGGGCAAAAAAAGGGG